AUGCCUACAUCUACCUUCAACCCGGUUCGGCGACUCACGGCUCUCCUAUCUUCGAAAUGCCAGUCAGCAAUGUCCUCAUCUAGUUCCCGAACUUCUUCUCAUGCCUAUCGCAUAACCAGCUUCUCGAUUCCUCGACGAAUAGCUGGCUACAACGGCCAUGCAUUCUCGCCAAAACAAUUCUCAACGACAGCGUCUCAACAGACAAAGACAAUUAAACCUCAUCGUCUACCCUCAGAUUUGAUCCCUCCUUAUCCGUAUGGGGAGCGCCGUAUAUAUAAGCAAUCUAACCGCGGCCUUUACGGCAGCGCUCGAAUUCGCUUCGGCAACAACGUAGCGGAGAAGCACAACAACAAGUCGCGCCGAUUUUGGCGACCAAACGUUCACGUCAAGACUUUCUUUUCCCCUUCCUUAGGCGCUCGUGUUAAGACCCGGCUGACACUGCGCGUGCUGAAGACCAUUCGGAGGGAAGGAGGGAUCGAGAACUACCUCCUCAAGAGCAAGCCUGCUCGUAUCAGGGAGCUUGGGCCAGGGGGGUGGAAUCUACGCUGGAUUCUAAUGCAGACCCAGGCCGUUCAACAACGCUUUAACGAACAGAGGAUUGAACUGGGACUGGAACCGAAAGAAAUUGAGAACCGAGACGAUGUAAUCCAUUUCGCAUUGGAUUAUGCCACUCCUGGUCCAUUGAGCAUGCGAAGCCGGGCUACUCUAAACGAGAUGCAAGCCACCAUAGCAGAUACCUUCGUUCUGGGAGAUGACAGCUUGGCUAACUUCGAAGGCGCGGAAGAACUAUCUGAUGAAGAGGAGCGAAAAUUACUCAGCGAACUUGAAAAUUUCGAUGGGGCGUCUACGCCGACCAGGAGGCAAACGGCUGGAGCAUAA